AUGAGUGAAGAAGCGACAUUUUUCAAACAAGCUGCAGAAGCUAUUGUGGCGACAUCUUUAAAUAUAUCUAAUGUGGAUCCGACAAUAAAGGAACUGUUAAAGAGGAUAAAAUAUAAUGAGAUAGACUUUGGGAAAAUUACAAGUACUGAAAGUCCCGGGAGAAAUGUGAUUACUCCAGAAAGUAUACCUGUCCAGCAAGUUAAUAAUAGUAACAACAACAAUAAUAAUAAUAAUAAUAAUAAUAAUAAUAAUAUUCAUAGUUUAGGCGAUGCUCUAGUUUCUUCAGCAUAUGGAGAAUCUUUUGAGCAAUCUUUGGCAUCUUCUCCGAUCAAUAACGAGUCAGUAACACUUAUCCCAAACAGAGCUUCAGAGAGAGAGUAUAAUGAUAUUGCUAAAGAAGAUCUUUUAUCUACUGAGUCUGUAUUUUCAUCAUUUAUGGAUUCGCAAAAUAAACAACAGUAUGAUAAACCACCUGCUACACAUAUGCAACCAAAGACUGUAAAACCACGAAAUAAGAAGAAGAUACAGGAAAAACCUGAUAAAAAAUACCCUUGUUCGCAAUGUGAUUUAGUAUUCUUUAGAUCUUCCGAUUUACGUAGACACGAAAAGGCACAUUCUUUGGUACUACCACAUAUAUGUUCGAAAUGUGGUAAAGGUUUUGCAAGAAAGGAUGCCUUAAAGAGACAUCAAGAUACAUUAACUUGUAGAAGAAAUAGAAAUAAAUUGAUAGAGAUAACAAAUGGGAAAGUUGAAGAAUUUUUAGAGAGAGCUAAAAAGGAAGGUAUUAGUUUGUGA